UCAUUCAACAUUAUAUUCAGCUGCAAAACCUCCAAAUCCAAGAUGGGUUUUAGCUCUAAAAGUAGGUGUCAGGUUCUUGUUUCUCUUUUUUCUCAACUCGUGCUUUUAUUUACAUUCUUGCAAGAAACAACAGCACAGCAACACUACUACAAUGUGACAAGAUUACUGAAAGGGAGAAAGCAAGUGAGUAGUACUUGCAAUUUGUUUCAAGGGAAAUGGGUUGUUGAUCCUGCUUAUCCUCUUUAUGAUGCUUCAGGCUGCCCUUUCAUUGAUCCUGAAUUUAAUUGUCAAAAGUUUGGCAGACCUGAUACUCAAUAUCUCAAAUACUCUUGGCAGCCUGACUCUUGCAACGUACCCAGGUUCAACGGUGUGGAUUUUUUGAGGAGGUGGAGAGGGAAGAAGAUAAUGUUUGUGGGCGACUCACUGAGUUUAAACAUGUGGGAAUCGUUGUCCUGCAUGAUACAUGCGUCGGUGCCCAAUGCCAAGACCUCCUCUGUCGAUAGAGAUUCACUGCAUUCUGUGACCUUUGAUGAGUAUGAUGUAACUCUGUAUAUGUUUCGAACGCCCUACUUGGUUGACAUAGUCAGAGAAAGUGUUGGAAGAGUACUGAGGCUGGACUCCAUAGAGGGCGGCAAUGCAUGGAAAGGGAUGGAUUUGCUCAUCUUCAACUCCUGGCAUUGGUGGACUCACACCGGAAGAUCUCAACCAUGGGACUACGUCAGGGCCGGAGCAUCUCUCUAUAAGGAUAUGGAUAGGCUGGAGGCUUUUUACAGAGGAAUGUCAACAUGGGCCAAAUGGGUUGACCAAAACGUUGAUCCUGCCAAAACCAAAGUCUUUUUCCAAGGGAUUUCUCCCACCCAUUACGAGGGAAGGGAGUGGAAUCAACCAAAGAAGAGCUGUAAUGGAGAAGCAGAGCCGUUAUCCGGGUCUACAUAUCCCGGCGGCGCACCUCCCGCUGUUGCGGUGGUAAACAAGGUGUUAAGUACAAUAAAGAAACCAGUCUAUCUACUAGAUAUAACUACACUCUCACAACUAAGAAAAGAUGCGCAUCCCUCUACUUAUGGUGAUGGCUCUGGCACAGACUGCAGCCACUGGUGUCUUCCUGGAUUGCCUGAUACUUGGAACCAACUCUUAUAUGCAGCUCUUGUCAUGUGAAGAUAAGGUUAAAAACGUAGCCUAGUUUUUUUCAUUUCAAUACCAUUUGUAUAUUCACGGAGGUUCAAAAAUUUCUGAAUUUAGUCCUGUAAGAUGAUAAUAAGGAGCAGAAAUCAACUGCAAAGCAAUUGAUUUUCUUCAUCACAAUAAUUGCUCUGAAGGGAUGGACGUCAAACAGAUAGGUGGUCCACAUUGUUUCAUGUGAUUAUGCGAGAGAAAGUAAGCACUCAUUGGGGACUAAGCUUAGGUUCAUUCAGUUAUCAUUUGAUUUGUGUUGAUAUAUGAUUAAACAUUACAGAUGGUGGAACUGUAAUACUUUUAUUUUCCA